ACUUGAAACUUUCAUACAAAAAUAUAGGCUAUUUUCCCACAACUCUUGCAAAAUUAAUAUCAUGAAGGCAGCAUUGAAGUACUUGGCUGGAAUUGCUGGUCCUAGUGGUUAUGGCUCUAAUUCUACUGCUAAUGAAGUUACUCAACACUGUUUUUGCCCUCCUCGUCUUUUAACCGCGAUUAUCACUGGCGCGACGUCGGGUAUUGGGGCAGAAACAGCCAGAGUUUUGGCAAAGAAGGGAGUAAGGAUAAUAAUAGCGGCAAGAAAUAUGAAAAAAGGAGGUGAAGUAAAAGAGGCGAUUUUAAAAGAAGCACCAGAAGCUCAAAUUAUAAUAUUGGAGAUUGAUCUUAGCUCCAUGGCUUCAGUUAGCAGAUUUUGUUCUGAGUUUUUGUCACUUAAUUUGCCUCUCAAUAUUCUCAUAAACAAUGCUGGGGUGUUUUCUCAAAAGUUGGAGUUUUCUGAAGACAAGAUUGAGCUCACAAUGGCAACAAAUUACUUAGGGCAUUUUUUAGUAACAGAAUUACUGUUAGAAAAGAUGGUGGAGACAGCAUCACAAACAGGAAUUCAAGGAAGAAUAAUAAAUGUUUCCUCUUUAACUCACAGCUGGGUUAACAAAGAUAAUUUCUCCCUCUCCAAAAUGCUCAAUCCAAACAACUAUAAUGGCACACGUGCAUAUGCGCAAUCAAAAUUGGCUAAUAUUAUGCAUGCCAGGGAAAUGGCAAGACAAUUAAAGGAAAGAAAUGCAAGGGUAACAAUCAACGCAAUACAUCCAGGGAUUGUCAAGACAGGAAUUAUAAGAGCACAUAAAGGCUUUAUUACAGAUUCUUUGUAUUUUCUAGCAGCCAAGUUGCUCAAGUCCACAUCUCAGGGUGCAGCAACGACAUGUUAUGUAGCAUUGAGCCCAAAAGUGGAAGGUGUAAGUGGGAAAUACUUUGCAGAUUGUAACCAGACUUGUUCUUCAGCUUUAGCAGCUGAUGAAUCUCAAGCAUUGCGACUAUGGAAGCACACUCGUACUCUCAUUUGUAGAAGAUUACAGCACCCUACACUCUCUUAAUUAAUUACUUCCAAAUAUAAUUAGGAGAAAAUAUUAUAGAUGUAAAUUUUUUAAAUGUUGUUUUGGUUUUUCCACAAUUAAAAACCAUAAAAAAGAAUCAGUAUGUAUACAGUAUAUAUACCCCCUCGCUCGGCCCGUAGUCAGUUGAAAAUACAUCUUAUGUACAUAUACGGAGUACUUUGUUACGAUACUACAUGGAUCAAUAAAUGAGAUAUCUUGCUUGAUACGGAGUAUAUGUUACUCCCUCGGUUCCA